AUGGGUUCGAUCCAGCAGAGCGUUUCAAACAAUGCCCGAGACACCACUGCGGCAAAGGAGCACCUCAAGGAAGAAGGCUGGUGUGUUAUACCGGAUGUUCUGACAAAGGACGAAACAAAACAUGUUCUGGAGCGUCUCUGGAAAGCCAAAGAGGCCAGCGAGAAACAAGGAGACCCCACUCGACUCGAAUUUCUGGAUCCGAACCCCAGUAACGUGCGGGUAUUCUAUUUGAUGCAACUGGACGAAAUCUUUAUGGAACUCAUCCAGCACCCUACUGCCAUUGAUAUGGUCCAGUCGGUACUCGGCCCCGAAUUCCUUAGUUCAAACUUCACGGCAAACAUUGCUCGACCCGGCUCCAAAUCCAUGGGCCUCCAUUCUGAUAUGUCCCUUGUUGUGCCGGACCCUUGGAAGGAGGUGUGGGCAUUAAAUGUUAUUUGGUGCCUGACAGACGUAUACUUUGAGAAUGGGGCAACGUUGUACAUUCCUGGGAGCAACAAAUGGGAAUACGAGAGUCAGAUACCGCGGAAUGCGAAGCAGCUCCUCAAGCCGUUUGAAGCGAAGGCAGGGUCAAUUUUGGUCAUGGAUGGGAGGGUAUGGCACACAAGUGGCGCAAACAUCUCGCAGGAAGACCGGGCGUUGUUGUUUGGUUACUAUACAGCACCCUUUCUGCGCCAGCAAGUCAAUUGGAGCGAGAAGCUGGACGCUGCUACGAAAGAAAAGCUGCCCCCACAGAUUAAAGAAUGGCUCGGCUUGAAUGUCAAUGCUUAUCUCGGGAGAGCGUUGAACCUAAAAUAUUUGGACGAUCAAUUUAAGGAGUGA